CAACUGAAUGUGUUAAUGUGUUUUUACAGGAGGCGAUCGAGAUCGGAUGACAGCAAAUCAUGAGAGCUAUCUCCUCAUGGCGAGCACCCAGAAUGAUAUGGAAGACUGGGUAAAGUCCAUCCGCAGAGUCAUAUGGGGACCUUUUGGAGGAGGUAUUUUUGGACAGAAACUGGAAGACACUGUCCGUUACGAGAAGAGAUACGGGAACCGUCUGGCUCCCAUGUUGGUGGAGCAGUGCGCGGACUUCAUCCGACAAAGGGGGCUGAAGGAAGAGGGUCUCUUUCGACUGCCAGGCCAGGCUAAUCUUGUCAAGGAGCUCCAGGAUGCCUUUGACUGUGGAGAGAAGCCAUCAUUUGACAGCAACACGGACGUACACACAGUGGCCUCACUUCUUAAACUGUAUCUUCGUGAACUUCCAGAACCUGUUAUUCCUUAUGCAAAGUAUGAAGACUUUUUGUCAUGUGCCAAGCUGCUCAGCAAGGAAGAGGAGGCAGGUGUUAAGGAAUUAGCGAAACAGGUGAGGAGUUUGCCAGUGGUUAAUUACAACCUCCUCAAGUAUAUUUGCAGGUUCUUGGAUGAAGUGCAGUCCUAUUCAGGAAUUAACAAAAUGAGUGUGCAGAAUUUAGCAACUGUCUUUGGUCCUAACAUCCUGCGCCCUAAGGUGGAAGAUCCUUUGACCAUCAUGGAGGGCACUGUGGUGGUCCAGCAGUUGAUGUCAAUGAUGAUCAGUAAACAUGAUCGCCUCUUCCCCAAAGAUGCAGAGCUGCAAAGCAAGCCCCAAGAUGGAGUGAGCAACAACAACAAUGAAAUUCAGAAGAAAGCCACCAUAGGUCAAAUACAGAACAAGGACAACAAUAACACCAAGGACAGCCCUGGCAGGAGGUGCUCUUGGGACAAAUCAGAGUCUCCCCAGAGAAACAGCAUGGAUGAUGGAUCCCCUCCAGCUCUAUCAGGCAGCAAAACCAACAGUCCAAGGAAUAGUGUUCACAAGCUGGAUGUCUCCAGGAGCCCUCCUCUCAUGGUUAAAAAGAACCCAGCCUUCAAUAAGGGUAGUGGGAUUGUCACCAAUGGGUCUUUCAGCAGUAGCAAUGCAGAAGGCCUAGAAAAAACUCAGACCACCCCCAAUGGGAGCCUACAAGCCAGAAGGACCUCUUCUCUGAAGGGUACUGGAACCAAAAUGGGUACACACAGUGUCCAGAAUGGAACAGUACGCAUGGGCAUUUUGAACACUGAUACACUUGGGAACCCCGUGAAUGGUCGAAGCAUGAGCUGGCUACCCAACGGCUAUGUCACCCUGAGAGAUAAUAAGCAGAAGGAGCCAACUGGAGAGUCAGGCCAGCACAAUAGGCUCUCCACUUAUGAUAACGUCCACCAACAGUUCUCCAUGAUGAACCUGGAUGACAAACAGAGCGUGGACAGUGCCACCUGGUCCACUUCCUCAUGUGAAAUCUCCCUCCCUGAAAACUCCACCUCCUGUCGCUCCUCCACCACCACCUGCCCAGAGCAAGACUUUUAUGGUGGAAACUUUGAGGAUCCCAUCUUGGAUGGGCCUCCCCAGGAUGACCUUUCCCACCCUGGGGACUAUGAAAACAAAAGUGACCGAAGGAGUGUAGGAGGCCGAAGUAGUCGUGCCACCAGCAGCAGUGACAACAGUGAAACUUUUGUUGGUAACAACACCAGCAACCACAGUGCAUUGCAUAGUUUAGUUUCCAGCCUGAAACAGGAAAUGACCAAACAGAAGAUAGAGUACGAGUCCAGGAUAAAGAGCUUAGAACAGCGAAAUUUGACUUUGGAGACAGAAAUGAUGAGUCUCCAUGAUGAACUGGAUCAAGAAAGGAAAAAGUUCACGAUGAUAGAAAUCAAGAUGCGAAAUGCUGAGCGAGCAAAAGAAGAUGCCGAGAAAAGGAAUGACAUGCUACAGAAGGAAAUGGAGCAGUUCUUUUCCACAUUUGGAGAGCUGACAGUGGAACCCAGGAGAACCGAGAGAGGAAACACAAUAUGGAUCCAGUGAGCCUUCUUUCUCUGCUGCUGUCCCCGACAGCUCUGAGAAGGACUCUGGGGAUUCUGGGGGGAAACAAUGUGGGAUCAGGUGGCCGGUCACCUGGCUGUACAGAGCUCUACCUGGUAAAGGAGUAUCAUUUAUAGACAUUAACUACCCAUACCUGCAGUGUGUGCCAAAGUUGUAUCAUGCCCCAUAAUGCUACUGUCAAGUGUUACAACUGGAUAUGUGUAUAUAGAGUAGUUUUUAAAAAAGUAAGCUAAAAGUAUGAAGCAUAUAUCAAGAAUUAUUUUAUUGCAAGUCUUGUAUUUAAAUGUUAAAUCAAUAUGUUGUUGCAAUUUAGCUUGCUUUCAAGCUUCACCCUUGCACUUAACAUAGCUAUUUUUGGCAUUGUGUUAUCAUCUGCUUAUUUUAUAGAUCAAUAUUUUUAUUUCCCUUUUUGCUGAGGAAAUGAAGAUAAGAAGAAAUAUAAAUAUAUAUAUAAAUAUAUAUAAGAUGAGCUAUUAAAAUCAAAAGAAUACUUUGUGGCUGUGCUGUUUGUGCCAAUAGAUCUUUCCAUGACCAAAAAGAGAAAUGUCAAAAGUUUUAUAAAAUACAGUAGAACCACCAG